AUGUCUAAAGAAGAAAAAAUUAUUUUGAAUGUUGGUGGUGUUAAGUAUGAAACGUAUAAAAGCACUUUCACAGCAUAUCCUGACACUUUGCUUGGAACUAUGUUCCAAGAACACAAUUCAUCGAUGUUGCAUCCAGCGAACGGCAACGAAUAUUUUUUCGAUAGAAAUGGCAAAGCAUUCCAUUAUAUUAUGGAAUUUUAUCGCACCGGAAAAUUUCUUUAUAUUUCCGAACUAAAGGAUGGUACUACACGUGAUGAAAUCCAAGCUGAGUUCGACUUUUUUCAAAUCAACAUUUUAAAAAGUAAACGAGAUGAAUUUCUUGAAGAAAGUCAACGCUGCGAAGCUAACGCCUAUAACAUACUCGCUCAAGAACUAGACUCGCUUGUUACGAAAAUAGUUGGAUUCAUAAUUUGGAAUAUUGAACGUGGCUAUUCGGCUGAAUUGGAAUUUACCUUUUACUCGGGAAAGUUAAACGUUAAGCCUAGCAGCGUAUUUAAUUUUAGAUCAUUCGAAAAAACUGGCUAUCUUUUGGUUGAUAACUAUAAAAAUGAAAUCCAAAAGUUUCUCACGUUUCGGUUUCCUAGUGCUAAAAUAGCAAUUUCCAAAGGUCUUGAAGAAUAUUGGAUCCUUAGUAUUAAGCAGUACUUCAAAAAAAAUGAAACUAUUAAAAGAUCAGUGUUACUAUCAACAACUCAUGAAGAACUUUGA